AUGCGCUUCCAGGGCCUGAUCCCCGCCCUCCGCACCAUCACACUACCCCUCCGAUCGCACUCGGUCCGAGCCCUCCAGCGACCUCCUCUCCCCAUCCCCAGCGCAACUGUCCUCAAAGCCGGUCCCACGAUCCCCUUCCUAGGCGCAUUAUUCGGAUCUAGCGCGAAAUCCGACUCCCAGUCUAACAACAUGUCCUAUCCCGACCAGCGCAGUGAUGAUGCAUGGCAAGCUGUGCUAAGUCCUGAGCAAUUUCGAAUCCUCCGCCAAAAGGGCACGGAGCGACCCUUCACGGGCGAAUACGAUUCCCACUACCCUUCCCAGGGAGUCUAUAACUGCGCGGGAUGCAAUGCGCCGUUGUACAAGGCAACACAUAAAUUCAAGUCAGGAUGUGGAUGGCCUGCGUACUUUGAUUCCAUCCCCGGGGCGGUUACAAGACAUACGGAUCGGUCGUUCGGAAUGGAACGCACGGAGAUCGUGUGUAGUAACUGUGGGGGACAUUUGGGACAUGUGUUUAAGGGAGAGGGAUAUUCGACUCCCACGGAUGAGAGGCAUUGUGUGAAUAGUGUUAGUUUGCGGUUUAAGGAGGAUGAAGGUCAGGGGAACUAA